AGAAGACAAACAAAGGGAGUAACUGUUCCGCGCCUCUGACCUUCUCUCUCGCUCUUGUCACAGAGUCCGACACUGCCGAGCCGAGCGACCACCGGAAAGCUUAACCAUGUUGCGACAAGCCCCUCGCCUACUGUCCAGAGCGACAUCCAUGAUGAGGGUACGGUCCCUCUCAACCGCAGAUGUGCCGGCGACUCCUACCGGGGAUUCAUCGUUCAUAGAGGCAUGGAAGAAGGUGAUCCCCAACAUCGACCCACCUAAGACUCCUCUCUCUUUCAUGCAACCAAGACCCUCGACCCCUUCUUCGAUCCCUUCGAAGCUGACCGUCAACUUCGUUCUUCCUUACCAAUCCGAGCUCUCUUCCAAGGAGGUUGAUAUGGUCAUAAUCCCAGCAACAACUGGGCAGAUGGGUGUUCUGCCUGGCCAUGUGGCCACUAUUUCAGAGCUGAAGCCUGGUGUCUUAUCCGUGCAUGAAGGGAAUGAGGUCACCAAGUACUUCAUCAGCAGUGGUUUUGCAUUCAUCCAUGCAAACUCUUUUGCAGAUAUUAUUGCAGUCGAGGCAGUACCAAUUGAUCGCAUUGACCCAAACCUUGUCCAGAAGGGGCUUGCAGAGUUCACCCAGAAGCUCAGCACAGCCAAUACUGACUUGGAGAAAGCUGAAGCUCAAAUUGGAGUGGACGUCCAUAGUGCUCUCAACUCAGCCCUCACAGGCUAGUGGUGGCCUGUGAUCAAUUAAAAUUUUAGUUUUCUUAAAUCUUUCUUUGGAUUGCAUGCAAGGAGGAUGUAUUCUCCUUUCUGGAUUUUGCCAUGAUUUCCAGGAUAUUGAAUAAAUUUUUUGAAACAAAGGAAUUCUGGAAAUGUUUCCUUUUUCCUUUUCCCAUUCCUUGUCUUUUCUGGUUUAGAGAUGCAUUUUACCUUGGGGGAGGUUGUAAGUUGUUCAUAUUUGACAAGUUUAUUAUAUGAAUUCGGAAGAUUUUUAACUUCUUGAAUCUA